GAGCAGAGCAAAGCAAACAACUCCUCUCCAUCGACAACUGUUGCACCGAGCGGGGGUUUCUGCGUGAGAUCGACAGAAAAUGCAGUAUCAGGCUGCGGCGGCGGAGGCGUGGGGGUACGUGACGGCGGGGAGGGGAGCGACGAUGGACGCGCUGGAGCGGGUGGAGAGGCUGGCGUCGGAGAGCGCGGUGGUAAUCUUCAGCGUGAGCAGCUGCUGCAUGUGCCACGCCGUGAAACGGCUCUUCUGCGGCAUGGGCGUCAGCCCCACGGUGGUGGAGCUGGACGAGGACCCGCGCGGUAAGGAGAUGGAGCGCGCGCUCUCGCGGCUGCUCGGCGCCGGCUCCGCCCCGGCCGUCCCUGUCGUCUUCAUAGGCGGAAAGCUCGUGGGCGCCAUGGACAGGGUAAUGGCAGCUCACAUCAACGGCACCCUCGUCCCCCUCCUCAAGGAAGCCGGCGCUCUCUGGCUCUGAUUCAAACAGACCGGAGGGCAGCAUCAUACCACAACUGCUUCUUAUUCUCCUAACAAAAAAAAAUCUAAAAUCUUCUUCUUAUAAAUCCUUGCGAUCGAGUUUGUCUCCUUUUCAAUUCAUGUUCAUUAACAAAAUUAAGAGAAGAGAGUGAGGGAGAUCAGGGAGGUUGGUUUUUUUAGGUCCUCCAUUUUGGGCACAUCAUCACCUCAUGCACGAUCACAGAGAUGUGCAUGCGCUUUAUGGGGUGCAUUUGUAUGCCUUUUUUUCUUAUUGUCUUCCCUUUUUGAUUUUUUUUGCCUUUGGGUUUUGGAGUGUAACUUGGUUUGAUGAUGAUGAUCUUUAUGUAUAGAAAUGUCUUCAAAAAAAACAAAACAAAAUGCAGUGCUA